AUGAUGAAUUUAAGAAAUAGUUCGACGAGUUCCCUAAAAUCAAAAGACAAAGAAUUACCCCCUAUACCCCCACCUGGAACUUCCAAUGUCGAUGGUCCUAAUGAUGACGAAGUUUUAAAAAUCAAAUCUUUAAAGCGUAAAAAUUUCAAAAAAUUGUCAUUAAAUAAUGACGAUGAUGAAAUAAAAGAACCUUUAGAUGAUUUGAAAUAUGAAACUAAUAGUUUAAGAACCAAGAGAAACAAUUUAAGACCUGCCCCAUUAGUUUUGAAUAAUCAACGACUAGAAUCAAGAAGUAAUCGAUCUUCAAUGUCUUCAAUAUCAUCAUUAAAUACUAUCAAUUUAAGUCAAAGAAAUAUCGAUCCUGAUUCCAUAACUUCAACAGAUAACAUAAUAAAUCAAUUCUCCACUUUAGAAUUGAAUCAAAAUAAUAAGAAAGAAAUAAUACGAAAGAGGCAAACAGUUAUUUCAUCAAUCUCACCCACCAAAUCAAAUUCAAACAUUCCUUCGCCUAAAGAUGAUAUCGAAGGUGAAUUUUCACCUAUUUUUUCAACUACAAGUUCAAUGAAGUUCAAUAAUAAAGAUUUAGUUACAUUAAAAUCUUUAGGUUCGGGUAAUUCUGGUUCAGUUUCCAAAAUUUUACAUGUUCCUACUCAAAAAAUUAUGGCUAAGAAAGUUAUACCUAUAGAUUCCAAAACCAUCAUACAGAAUCAAAUUAUCAGAGAAUUGAAAAUUUUACAUGAAUGUCAAUCUCCUUAUAUAAUUGAAUUCUUUGGAGCUUUUAUCAAUAAUAAUAAUACCAUAGUAAUUUGUAUGGAGUAUAUUAAUUGUGGUUCAUUAGAUAAAAUUCAAAAGAUCUUACCAUCGCAUAAAAGAAGUUUCCCCAACUUUGCUUUGAAGAAGUUAAGUUUCUCAAUAUUAUCAGGAUUGGUAUAUUUAUAUGAAAACUAUAAAAUCAUUCAUAGAGAUAUUAAACCAUCAAAUGUUUUAAUGAAUCAUAAAGGUCAAUUUAAAUUAUGUGAUUUCGGUGUGAGUAGAGAAUUGACCAAUUCUUUAGCUAUGGCUGAUACUUUCGUUGGUACUUCAACUUAUAUGUCACCUGAAAGAAUCCAAGGUUUGGAAUAUGGUAUUAAAUCUGAUGUUUGGUCAAUGGGUUUAAUGUUAAUUGAAUUAUCUACAGGGAAAUCAAUUUGGUAUGAUGAUAAUAAGAAAGUGUCAGAAAAUGGUCCUGAAGGUAUAUUGGAUUUAUUACAACGAAUUGUUAAUGAAGAUCCACCAAAUUUAAAUAAUAGAACUGAUCCUGUAACCAAUGAACCUUAUGAUGAACAAUUGUGUAAAUUUAUAAAUAGUUGUUUAAUUAAGAAUGAUAAAGAACGUCAAACACCCUGCGAUUUGUUGAAACAUGAUUAUUUAUCAAGAGUCGAAGAAGGCGAAUAUGAUAAAGAUGUUAAGAAUUGGUCAAAGAUGAUCAGACAGUUAUUCAAAGAUACAUAA